GUAGAUUCCCUUUACGCCUGGCCAUGGCGGCACCAAAAUCUCUGCGACCCAAUGGCUACCCGGUACCGCAGGUACCGAAGACGCUUAGCAGAGAAACUGCCAAGGUGACACAGACACCGCCACGAUCCCUGGAUGAAGCGAUUACGGAUUUAAGCAAACUCCAAUUGAUGUUGGCAGUGCCCACUGUUUCAGAUUUACGAAUGGCUCGUCCGCUUCGACGUGCAGAAGGUGAGUUGUAUGUUGCUCAAUUUGUUCUCCAAUCAACGCAUCGGAAAUUCAACAAAUUCUUGAGCACACCAGAGGGAAAGGUCCAACUGCACCCUUGUUUGAAACUAGGAAGUGCCGGUGAUGAAAUCGGUUCAUCCCAAGAAGAGGGUUCCUUUGGUUGUUUGGACGAUGGUACACCGGUGAUAUACCAAACCAAUGGGAUAGCGCGAACAGAGGAGCCUCUUUUGAACAGGUCCAUUCGUUGCAACAGGACAGGUGCACCUGGUCAUUACAUGGAGACCAAGAUGUUAGUAGCACGACCCCAUGAUACAACUGGCUUGCCUGUGGGUUUGGCACGGGCGAAAACCUUGAAAACUCGAAAGGACUUGGAGAAAAACUUGUUCUACUCCUUUACGAGUUGCUGGCAGAUAUAUGCUUGUUCUGCAAAUGUGGGGCAACUGGGAGAAGAUGAUUCAGGAGAACGAAUUUUGGUGAGGAGGUCCAUCAGAGAUUUCAAGCAGCAUCACUUCCACGACUUUCCCGUGGCCAAGCAUUUGGCUGACCUGCUGGACCGUGAAAACCAAGUGCUUGUGACAGAACAUAGCUUUGAGGCCGAGCGGGACAUUGACAAAGACUUAUUUGAUUAUCAUUGUUACACCUUGCGUUCUUGGCAGACGUAUGAAUGUGAAGGGAAACCCCCUGAAAGCGAUGUGGGACGAAAAUUAAUAGAAGCUGCCAGAAACGGCAUGGUUUCGGAGGUCAAACACUUAGUUUUGAACUGCGGCUGCCAUUGUGAUACCAUUGUGUCGGAGUUUGGCUGCAUUGGAAGUGGGAAGUCUGGCAUUUUCACCCGUACCGAUUGCGGCUUUGCAGAGGAACGAACUGCUCUAAUUGCAGCCAUACAAGCGGGCUGGCUUUCAGUGGUGGAGACCAUCCUUGAGUUUGUUCGGGUUGGGCAGGGCAGCUUGAACGUAGUAUGCCAUGAGUGGAACCCCAGAGGCAUAGGUGGUGACUGCUUGCGGCCGUGCUAUACAGCCCUGGACCAAGCCAAGUUGUACCAUCGCGCAGACAUCAUCCCCCUGUUAGAGAAAGCCGGCGCACUUCCCCACAAGAGGUGCAAGAAGAGCCGUCGAGAGAAUCCAUUUGAUGUCCGCGCAAGGCAAGACAGAGGGGAGCACACUCACUACGAGCAGUCCCGCGAAGGUCGAGACGACCGAUAUGAGGAUUUCACUUUUUCCGAGUGGGCUGAUGAAGCUCAAAUGGAUGAGGAGAUGAAAAGGGCAGUUGAAAGCUUAAAAGAGGAACUGCAGCAAUACAACAAUUUGUCGGAAGCCGAACAAACCAAACUGUUUCGGAAGCUAAGUGCACGAUGGCAUCCUGAUAAACAUCCCGAUGAUAAAAAGGUCAUGGCAACACGAGUGUUUCAGUGGAUACAACACGUCAAGGAUGAAGCUUGGGAAAACCGGGCGUGGUCAGCCUAGAACUGAAAUUCAUUAAAUAUUGGUUUUGAUGUGUGCCCAUAGUUUGUUUGCAUUUUCCGACGGCACACUCCGCCUUCGCAGUUUCACAAAAUGCGGAUGACAGGGGGCAAAAGCUUCCCCAGAGCCUUCGAGCAAAAACC